UCCCCAAUCAAAAUCCCAACAAUUGCUCAGUUGAAUCGGCAUCACCAACCGGUAAAGACGGCGCCUUACCGACUCGACCCGAGCGCCGCUUACAUAACCGCGACGGCGAAUCUCAAAAUACCGCAAAGCUCAGUCCUCACCUUUCCCGUACCUUUAAGCCACCUCUUCCCUCCAAACCCCGUCCUCACCCCUCUCUCCAAGCCGUUCAUCUUGGAGGAUUAAACGGCUCUUGCGAUCUUUCCCCUCUGGUCUACGCUUUUCAAUCGCCAUGUUCCGCACCGUUAUGCCCCGGGCUACGCCGCGGGCUGCGCUCCGCGCUGCCGGCCCGAAGGCUGUCCCUUCGACCUUCAUCACUCCCCCUAUGGUCUUCAUUGGCCGCUCAAAACGUGGUUACGCCUCUGAUGCCGCCGAACACGAUCUGGUCAUCAUCGGUGGUGGUGUCGCCGGUUACGUUGCCGCUAUCAAGGCCGGUCAGGAGGGUCUCAAGACCGCGUGUAUCGAGAAGCGCGGAACCCUCGGUGGUACUUGCUUAAACGUUGGCUGCAUUCCCUCCAAGUCCCUCCUCAACAACUCCCACCUCUACCACCAGAUUCUCCACGAUACCAAGAAGCGCGGUAUCGAGGUCGGUGAUGUCAAGCUCAACCUCGCCCAGAUGCUCAAGGCCAAGGACCAGUCCGUCGAGGGUCUCACCAAGGGUGUCGAGUUCCUGCUGAAGAAGAACGGUGUCGACUACAUCAAGGGUGCCGGUUCCUUCGUUGAUGCCAACACUGUCAAGGUCGACCUGCUUGAUGGUGGUGAGCAGACCAUCCGCGGCAAGAACAUUCUGAUUGCCACCGGUUCCGAGGCUACCCCCUUCCCCGGCCUGAACAUCGAUGAGAAGCGCAUCAUCACCAGCACUGGCGCUCUUGCCCUGCAGGAGGUUCCCAAGAAGAUGAUCGUUAUCGGUGGUGGUAUCAUUGGUCUGGAGAUGGCCUCCGUUUGGUCCCGUCUCGGUGCUGAGGUUACCGUCGUUGAGUUCCUUGGCCAGAUCGGCGGUCCUGGUAUGGACGCCGAGAUCGCCAAGCAGGCCCAGAAGAUCCUGGCCAAGCAGGGCAUCAAGUUCAAGACCGGCACCAAGGUUGUCAAGGGUGACGACAGCGGUGCUCUCGUCUCUCUGAACGUCGAGGCCGCCAAGGGUGGCAAGGAGGAGACUCUGGACGCUGAUGUCGUCCUGGUCGCCAUUGGCCGUCGCCCCUACACCGAGGGUCUCGGUCUCGAGAACAUCGGCAUCGACAAGGACGACCGCGGCCGUCUUGUCAUUGACCAGGAGUACCGCACCAAGGUCCCCCACAUCCGUGUCGUCGGUGACGUUACCUUUGGCCCCAUGCUGGCCCACAAGGCCGAGGAGGAGGCCGUCGCCGCUAUCGAGUACAUCAAGAAGGGCCACGGCCACGUCAACUACGCUGCCAUCCCCAGCGUCAUGUACACCCACCCCGAGGUUGCCUGGGUCGGCCAGAACGAGGCCGAGGUCAAGGCCUCCGGUGUUAAGUACAACGUCGGCUCUUUCCCCUUCAGCGCCAACUCCCGCGCCAAGACCAACCUCGACACCGAAGGUGUCGUCAAGUUCAUUGCUGAUGCCGAGACCGACCGCAUUCUCGGUGUCCACAUCAUCGGCCCCGGUGCCGGUGAGAUGAUCGCCGAGGCCACCCUCGCCAUCGAGUACGGUGCCUCCAGCGAGGACGUUGCCCGGACGUGCCACGCUCACCCUACCCUCUCCGAGGCUUUCAAGGAGGCUGCCAUGGCCACCUACUCUAAGCCCAUCCACUUCUAGACUUAUAUUUGGUGACGCAGUGUUGUGAUUCGAUAUCCUCCAAACCCCCCCCCCCCCCC